AAAACCUCCAAAACACACUUUCCACAACCUGCCAAAUUUUGUAAAACGGAUGUGGCAUGUAGGGGGUGUGGCCAUACAAUGGGCGUGGUCAAAUAGCCAACGCUAAAUGCAGCAGAGCUUUUUGUCUUUAAAACAUUGUAAGAUAUGAAGAGUGCACCAGGAGCUACAUUGGAAUCUACAUUGGAAUUCGGGAGCCACGCGUAAAACACUGCAAUUUCCAUCAAAAUGUACUUUGCACUGAGUUCAUAAUAAUUUGAGAAGAAGCAGGUGAUUGGCUGAGCGCCAAGUCCCUGUCGGUCUCAGUGAAAUAGACGCGUGGUUCUGCUGUGUGAGAAGUUGGUGCAGCUCAGGGCCGGUAUAGCGGCGCCUCAGCUAAAGUAUUUCUGACACAUUAACGCACAAAUAAGAACGUAUAAACACAAACACUGUCCCUUUAACACUUAUCGAACGUUCAACGUGACAGCAGCAGCCAAUCAUUUGCGGGAACGUCACCAUGAAAUCCAGGAAGUUGUGAUGCUGCGCACAGUGUUAUUGGAAGCCUUGUAUAAAACGCCAUAUAAGAUAUAAACAUUGGCAGUCUGUGUGCGCACGGUUAUUGUUUGUGCGCCGAGAUGGAGGCGAGUCUGACGUGCGCUGUGUGUCUCAAUGUAUUCAGGGAUCCCGUUACGUUGCCGCUGUGUUCGCACAACUUCUGUAAUCUCUGCGUGUGGGAAUGUGCUGCGUCGGAGCUGCGAACCGUGCAAGUCUCCCCGCUGACUGCCUCUGCCCUGCGCACGGUUCAGUGCCCGCUCUGCCGCAAGGUUAGUUCUCUCCCCGGCGGGUUAUCGUCACUGCCCAUUAACACUACUCUGGCCGAGGUGGUGCGGCUCAUGGGGGCCACGAAGAAGAAGGAGGAGGAGUUUCAUGGAGGGCUGGGAAGAGCUGACGGACUGGAAGAGCCUUUGUACAAGCGGAACUUUAGUCCCUGCGGGGAACACGCCGAUCAGAUGCUGGAGCUGUACUGUAAGAACUGUAGUGUCCCGUGCUGCGGCAAGUGUGUGUCUGACAAGCACCAGGGUCUCUUCCACAGCAUCAACCUGCUGGAAAUGGUCUAUCAGCAGGAGAAGCUAACCCUUUUUAGCAGUUUAAAGAAACUUCGUGAGGUUCAUGAAAAACUCGUUAAAGAAGCCAGUGAUGAAGAAAAAGACAUUGAGGAAGCUCUUAAAAACCACAUCAGCCUCCGAAAGUCUGCAUUUGAAGAGGUUGAGAAGGCUCUGGCUCUAAAGAAGAAACAGCUCUUGGAUCUAACUGUGCAACAACAGAACACCACAUUGAAGGAGUAUAGGGUGUGGAAACAAAUGCAGACUCAUCAUAAUAAAACCAUUGAAAGCCUUCUUAAGGAUUGCGAGAGCGUUGUUGAUGAAUUUGAACCCCAAAGUUUUCUUAAGGUGGCAUGUGAUUUAAAUAAAAGGAUGAGCUCUAGCCUUGACAUUAUGGGAUUUUCUACUGAUUCCAGUAUAAAGUUCAAGUGGGAACUAAGCCAAGUCAAUUUUAAACCUGCACUGGAUGCAAUAUCUGCACUGAAUAUUUCUGGAGGAAAGCCUAAGCCUAAUGAUUUCUUUACUAAAAGACCAGAAGAUUCAGAUGGAAACUUCUCAUUUAAAUCCAUAACUAGAUUGUGGAAGCACGGAGGAAAAUCCUGCUCUGAUAAGUAUUCUCUCGUUGAAGAUGAAGAGCCAGUAUUAAUCAGUGGUCAAGUGCACAAAGCUGGUGUUCGGUAUUUAUCCAUUUCUUUAAUGCCCCAAUUCAAGGCUUUGAGUUAUGAGGAACUUCGUUUAAAGUGCUACAAUGACUCGACUACAAUCAACUGUAAAAAUGAGGUCAUUUCCGUACCAGGAAAACAGACGCUGUUGAUGUGUAAAGAUUUUGAUAAACUGCAAAUACGAAUGAACAGAAUAAACAGACUGAAGGAGGCCAGACUUAAAAGACAAGAUGGUUUUGAUGAAAGUUCAAAUUCCUUUAUUUGUGCCAAUAACCUGUCGAGGCCUGACCGUGAGAAAAGGCUUCAGCAGCAAGGCAAUGGAUUGCCACAGGAAGGAGAAAGUAAGGGUGCAAAAAGGGAAAAUUCUCUGCAUGGCCAAUUAGGAGCCAUGAUAUCCAAAGCAUCACAACCUUUAAAUUUGAAGCUUCCUGGUAUUACACAUAACACUGGCUCCAGAUCAGAAGCAAUAGCUGCUGCUUUUCCUUCCUCUACAGAUGCUAUUGGUAUAGACGGCAGUGAUGUAAGCAAUCUCACUAACAGACCUGUGACAAAUAACUUUGUCAUUGGCAAAGCAGGAGCUACAUCCAGUCCUAGAACUAACAGUAAGAAUAAGCACCGAGCUAAUUUCUGCAAAUGGUUAAAAAGCUCAACUGUGUCUCAGGCACCCGCUCCAUUUUUAUCUGACGUCUCCUUUGCCGGCAGCCCAUUCUCAGUGUCAUCUAACUCUGAAAAUGCGGGUUUUUCUUUAACCAUUCCCAUUGGUCACACCGUAAAUACAGAGGUAAAUGAAGCCUCAUGCCAUUUGUCUGCAAAUUCAACAUCUGAAGAAUUUUUUGAUGCACAUUCUAAUUCAGAUUCUGACAGAGAAGAUAUGGCUGAAGAGACCAUUCCAGAUAACUCCUGUCUAGAGGAUGAAUCUGUAACUCCACAGAGGAUAUGAAUAUUUACCAAUUCAGCUGUUUAGCAUGUAUAUCAAAGCUCCUGCAAGUAAGAAAAGUUAAAGCAGCACUCCUCCAUUCAACAUGAGUACAAUGAAAAGGCCUUGUGCUGGAUAUAAUUUUUGCCUAUUGUUUUAAUUCCAAAGCAGUCUAUGGAUUUUGAUAUUUCUUAAACUAAACUGGGCAAACAAGUAAUCUGAAGCUAUUCCAUGUUUCUACCUUUCAAGGUAGCUAAUCCUCCUACAUAAUGGAUGCCUGAUAAGGACAAAGGGUAGGGGGCUUAAACUGAUGAUCUCUGCCUUGAAAAACCAGCUAUGGAGUAACUUCAAUUUCCCUGUUUACUUCAAGGGGUUAUAGCCGGCUUCCCAACCUUUUUUACCCAUGAGCCACAUUCAAAUGUAAAAAAAGUUGGGGAGCAACACAAGCAUGCGAAACAUUUCUAAAGGUUGCCAAAUAUGGGCUUUGAUUGGCUUUUUGCCAUUCUUUAUUUGGACGGGCAGCCUACAGGAGGCUCUGUUUGGCACCUGUUUUUUAUGCACCUAAAACUUGCCUUCAAGUCAGGGAUUUAGGAACAAGCAGCUUCAUUGAGGCCACUGGGAGAAACAUCCAAUGGGUUGGAGAGCAACAUGUUGCUCAUAAGCCACUGGUUGGGGACCACUGGGUUGUAGUAUGAACUAGCACAUUUAUUAAAGCUGGUUAUCUGUGUCUGUUCUCUUAGGAGGUGUUUUAAUAGCCACCAUGCUGCUCUAUGAAAAAGAGCAUUAUUGUUUGUCCAAAUCCUGCCGUGCAAAGGAGGAAGGAUUUGGGCAAUUGCUCCCUAAAUUGUGAAAGCUGAGCAAGGUUCAUAAAGCAGCCAUCAUUCACUGCUCUGUGCCACUACAUACACUUGUCCAUCAUUGAAUGGUGAGGCAGCAGCAAAGGACAGUAAUGGCAGCUUUAUUACAAUGUGUUACUUUGCUCUCAGAGUGCAAACUGCACGGACCAAUAGGGAAAACAGAACUAGCAGUUCCCACAUACAGUAACCCCUAUAUUACAACAUCAUAGCCUGUCCUGUCCAUGAGAGUUUAGCUUCUGUUGCUACACAUCAUCUAUUUGCCCAAUGUUAACCCGCUCUGCCGAAUGCCAGUUUAAAUAGGAACAUCAUCCUUCUGGAAUGGUUUUGGCCAACCCAAUAUUAAUAAUGUAAUGAAGUACUUUCUCUCACCCGUCCUUUCUUUC